AUGAAGUUGGUGGUCCAGAACCUCUUGGCAGCAGCCUUGCUGCUCCUAGCAACAACUUGCCAAGCCGUCAAGGUCGGCGACAGCAUUCCCACCGAUGUGGAACUCCAUUUCGGUUUUCCACCCGAGAAUAUCAAUUUGAGUCAACGCAUUGCCUCGAAAAAGGUGAUUUUAGAAUUGGGAAUUGACGAAGUGAUUGUAUUUUGUGUCAACGAUGGUGCCGUCAUGAAUGCCUGGGCGCUCGAUCAAAAUGUGCCCACCGACAGUAUCAUCAAGUUAAUGGGAGAUCCCUACGCCGUCUUGACGGAAAAGUUGGACAUGGAAUUGACUCAUGCCGGGCCCAAAUCGGUGGGACUGGUCAAUCGAUGCAAACGGCAUGCUCUUUACAUUGUCAAUGGGAGUGUCAAAAUUGUGCGAGUUGCCGAAAAAGACGAUGAUCCGGCAGGCGACGACUUUCCAGAUAUCACUCUGGCCGGGAGCAUGAUUGAAGCCAUCAAAGAGUUGAGAUCCAGCAGUCCCAAAGAGGAACUGUAA